UUUUGUUUUUGUAGAGUAGCACGUGUUUUGUAACAUAACCUCAAAGUAUGUAAACGUCAAACUUACAUUUUAGUUUGUAAAUAAAAAUAGGGACAAGAUGAAGAACAAACCCUUACGGCAUAAGGAGUCAAACACAUUUAAGUUUCAACCGUUUGCGGAACGUAUAGCGAACAUCAACAUCGACAUAUUUCACCGCAUAGGCCACGAAAAUGAGGAACCCGACGAGGAACACAGCUGCCUAUUGUAUCAAUCGAUUGUGAAAUGGGACACACUAAACUUGUCAGAUCCGUAUAACCAAUUCAGACGUGAAAUCGGACCGCACAAUCUCAUCACGCUACCACAGCUCAUUCACAAGAAGGAUCACGUGGCCGCCACCCUUUUAAAGCAUCUGCGUCUUAAAAAUAUCCUCUCGAUACAGGCACUUUUAGAGAUUGUGGUGGCGUUUGUUAACGACCUACGGCAGGAUUUCUACCCGUACUACCCCGACUUUCUGCGCGUCAUCAUCGACCUGCUGAAUACGAAGGAGACCGAACAGUUGGAGUGGACGUUCACGUGCCUCGCGUAUCUCUUCAAGUUUCUGUGGCGUCCGCUGGUGAAGGAGGUGAAGACCGUCUUCGGCAGCCUGCUGCCGCUUCUGUCGGACGCGAGGCCCGAUUACAUCAACGAUUUCGCGGCGCAGAGCUUCGCCUUCGUCGUCCGAAAGGUGAAGGAUUGGCCGAGCUUUUUGGGUACGCUCGUGAAGGUCGUGCGGAGUACCGGACAGGCAAGCGAAGGGUGCGGGAAGCUGCUAUUUGAAGUGAUCUACGGUGUGAAUGGUCAGUUUCACAGCUGCGCCGACGCCAUUCUCCCAUUUUUGAUCCAAUCGUUGGAGAGCGACAAGUUUCCGCGCGAGACACUGUUCGAGAUCGUCGAAGAGGUCGUCACCAACAUCUGCGCGCGCAUCAAGGCUCCGAAAUCCGAGCCGUUUUGGAAAGCCUGCAUCGGCAACAUCGAGCGAUUGCUAGAAGCGCCGCCGAGCGAUGAGUCCAUCGGUUACAUCGAGUGCAACCUGAAGUUGCUCGGUCAAGCGGUCGAGUGUAAAGGCGGUAAGCUACUGGUCGCGCCACUUCCGCUCGUGGACGUCAUUGUAAAGCUGCUCUCCGCGGGCGAGCUACCCGAACGACUGUUGCUUUUGGUCUCCCAAAUUUCGGUGUUAAUUUUGUUGUCGGAGACGAUUACCUUACCGCAAGAAUACGCCGGUACGCUUACUCGCAAGAUUUUGUCGAAAUCGAAGAUUGUGCUGCACUUCGUCGAUUUAAUCAAGGGCUACUCCGCGUUCGAGCAUCUGAUUUUGCCGACUUUUCUAGAGCGGGCGAUUGCCGGCGGUUUGACCGCGGAUUUUCUGCAUGUGCUCACCCGGGUUGUACUCCAUAAGUCGCCCCCGUGUCAGGGGGGGUUGCGCUUGGCGUCUUGGGUUAAGUACCCGAUUGAGCUUGGAGAGUGCACUGGGAAGGUUGUCGAUCUGCUGUCCUUGGAUCCGUUUCAGGAGGCAGACAGUUAUUUAUGCGCCCUGAUAUGUUUGCCCCAUCUGAGCGGUGUGUCGGUUUCUGAGAUCUUGGCGGCUAAAGUGAGGCUGCUGUGCGAGCGAUUCGCUUCGUCUCCUGACCCGAAGACCUCCUUUCUACUGAUGGCCACCGUAGAAUGCGCAGUGCAUUUGUCGCCGCCUGAAGUGGUGGAGUGGUUGGAUUUAAUCCUCGAAACGCUUUUGACAUCGUGCACUAAGCCGAAAUUCGUAAUCGCCCUGAAAACUCUCGACCUAUACCUCACUGCGAUUUCCGAUUCUGACCGAAUCACUUUCGAUCUUCUUCUAACAGUACACAAAGCUUUAGUGGGCAACUUCAGUUCGCCUUAUCACGAGAUGCGCUUGUACACUGCGCAUGUCUACACGCUUUUCGCUCGGCUUCCCGAAUUAUUAACGAGCGAGUCCGACGCCGAGUGGAGGGUCUUCCACUUGUGUUACAAUGUCGAAACGAUCACGCCGCAAAUACAAACGUACAGGGACCAGCUACACGAUCUCGAACUGCUCUCGUUCGGCAAGCCUCAAAUGGAAAUGUGCAACGCUACCGCGUUUCGCACUUUACCCCUACGCUACCUGUGCGGUGUGUUGUACAUGAACUUUCGGCUUCUGUGGGAACCGACCAUUAACAUAAUAGCCACGCACGCCCAAGGCAUGGAACUGAACGAGUUCUGGGAGGUCUUCGCGGGCGAAUUGAAGCUCGCCGCGGCGAACGUUAACGAUCCUUUACCGUGCGACGAACUCCAGCUCGAUUGCGCGUUUCUACACGAACUCUACCGAUCGGCGUGCCGAUUCGAGACGAAACCCGGCUUCGUCAACUAUCGACUGCUGCUGUGGAAGGCGUUGGCCGGUUUUCCGGAGGUUGCCGAAAGAAAAUCGAGGGACGUGUCGGAAUUGUUUCUCAAGUUUAUCGAGGAGGAAUACAUCAAAAAUAACGGAGAGAUAGCGGCGAAAUGGAAUAUUAAGGAAAAUAAGACUGACGAAUCCGUACAAGAGGAUGCUCCCAUCAAGGAUGCAACUUUUAAAUUGAAGGGGCAAAGUAAACUGAAGCUGCUGCUGCACCAUCUGGCGAUAUUUGCCAGGGUUAGAAACCCGAUGGGAAUGUACCGCGAACCGGAACUGUUCAAGGUUUACAACGAUCUGCUGCCGCACAAGCACCACGAGGUCCAGAAGCUCGCAAUGGACUGCAUCAUGACCUACAAGAAUAAAUCACUGACGCCGUACCGCGAGCACCUCUACAACUUGAUUAACGAGAAAAACGUGAAGGAGGAGCUGGCAACGUUCAGGGUCGACACGGACAGUUCCGUCGUCCAAGCGGAACAUCGCGAACAUCUGAUACCGGUCGUACUGAACAUCGUCUACAGCAAGAUGUUCGCGAAAACGGGUAUGCGCACCGGCGGGAAGUCAUCGGGUCAGCUGCGCCGAAACCUGGUGCUUCGUUUUCUGGCCGGAUGCGAGAAGAGCGAGAUGUUCUCGUUCAUGCGCAUGACUUUUCGAUUCUACGCCAAACUGCUCGAAGACGACCUCGCGAACGUCACGCGAAAUGUGGACUUAGAAAACGUGAUACCUCCGAAACGUCUCCAAAGCACCUUGAACCUCUUGGGCAUCGCGUUCGAGCACUUCGGCGGGCUCGGCGGUGACGAACUGCUCGCGUUCCUCCUCAAAGUGCUCUUCGCAAUCGGCGCGAUUCUCAGAGGUAUCUUCGAACAGAUCGGCAACGUUCACGCCGGUUACUCCGCGGUUUUGCGCAACCUACGCGUGAGCUCUAUCAAAAUCGUGGCACGGUUCUUCGAACACUUCGAAACUUACCAUUGGACUACCGCCGAAAUUAACAACGUGUUCGCCGUCUUCGUCUGGCCCUACCUGGAUAAAUUAACGGUCGAAGGUAUACAUAGUCCGACCGCUUUACUAAAGCUCUUCCUCCAGUGGGGCGCGAACCCCAGGUACUUUCCGCUCCUGGUAAAACACCAACACGAUAACCAGGCCCAAACGGUCUUACCGCACGUCGCCGCUCUCCUGGUGAACAAAAACUCGCACGUCACCGUUCGUAAUGCCAUCAUGGAAAUGUUUGAGAAACUGCUCAGUCUCGAGUCGGAAACCGAGGAGGCGCUUGCGGUCGAUGAUCUUCUGUCAGUGGAAGCACGGGCGGAUGUGAAUUACGGCAGCCGCAUCACGCUCCCCCACAUACCAGCGUUGCUCGACGUGAUCAAGCGAAAGCUGUCGGCGAAGUUUAAGAAAAUCAGCGAGAGAGAGAUUACGAUUCUGUCGCGAGUCUCCGAACUGAUUCGCGAGCCGGAGAUUUGCGACGAAGUUUUAACGUUACUGCUUCCGUUGACCCUUACCAAGUGCAACGAGACCGAGGAGCUCCUCGUCAAGCAUCUCAGUACCAUAUCAAAUUUGCUGCGCACGGUCUCGCAGCCGGAGCGCCACCUGCAACAGUUGGCGCCACUGUUCGCCUUCGUCUCCCAGCCGGCUUGCCGCAAGAUUCUCUGCGCGACGCUGAGCGGGAUGCCCAACUUGGAUCUGGUGGAGCAGCUCAACGCUUGGGACGAGCAGUUGGUCGAUCAGCCGAAUUUCGAGCGGCGCCUCGCCGGUUUUAAAGCCGCGCGACAGCUGGUGGCCGACGAUAAGGUCGACGUCACCUUGGGCGUCUUUCUGGUUUACACGUGUUGGUACCUCAUCUCCAACGAGUCCGAUUUGUCAUUGAAAGAGAGCGCCUCGCACUGCUGGAAGAGCGUCUCCGUCGCACUGAUAAGGAAGUACGAGAAAUCGGAGCGGUUCGGUUACAUCAUGAAUGACGUCCUCUUCGAUUUAAUCCGCAGAGGUUUGAGGAGUAAGAGCAACGACGCGUGCGACGAGUGCAUCUCUCUAUUGGGACACCUGGCCAGAGAGUGCCCCGAUUCCAACGUCGUCCUGCGCGAUUUUAAGAAGCUGACAUGUAGCGAAGAUAUCGAGGUGGACUUCUUCGAGAACCUGGUCCACCUUCAGGUGCACCGGCGCGAGAGGGCGCUCUUUAAGUUCUGCCAGGUGUUUCGAGCCGAAAGAAACGUGGCGCACUCCCGAACGCUUACCCAGUUCGUCCUCCCGAUAAUUUCCAUUUACCUGUGCCAGGCGAAAUACGCCGGCAAUUCUAAAAUUGUCAAAGCGGCAAUUGGGGUGUUAAAAACCACCUGUCGAUUACUACCUUGGCAUCAGUACGAAGGUGUUUUGCGCUUUUACCUGAAGAAGUUACACGGGGACUUUGUCUAUCAGGACCAGUUGGUCAAAAGCACCGUUGCCAUAUUGGAGGCGUUUCAUUUUGAUCUUAGCAAGGGACUUGUAACUCCGGUGAAAGCGAGCGACGCUCAAGAAACCGACACUGUGGCAAAGCAAGAUGGUCAACUCCUUGAAGAGGGCUCCGAUGACGAAAUCGAUCAGCUUUUAAACACCGAAGCGACGGACGAAGCUGAAGUUAUCAAACCCGCUGACAAUUUACACGUUCUAAGCCAUUCGUCCGCGACAAAAGUUAUCAGGACCAUUCAGUUGGUUUUGUUGCCGCAACUGCAUAAGGCGUUCUCUGAAAUGACCAAGCACGAUAAAAUGCACAAGGUCAAUCGUAAAAAGUUGAGCGUCGAGAAAGAGGAGGAGGAUAUUUCGAGAAUUCCGAUUUCGCUCGCCGUAGUUAAAUUGCUGCAGCAACUGCCGAGGGAAAUUCUUGAGGCAAAUGUGCCCAGAAUUUUUUUAAAACUAUCCACCUUCCUAAAAUCGCGCCAUUACAACGUCCGAUGCGCGGCAAGAGAGACGCUCCAGAAGAUCAUGACCAACUUGGGUCCCAAAUAUCUUGGCUCGCUUCUGAACGAGAUGUCGUCAAUUCUCUGCCGAGGAUACCAAAUUCACGUACUAAUAGCGACAGUAAACUCGAUCCUCGUUCUUUUAAAUGGCCGUUACCAGCCGACGGAUAUCGAUGCGGUUCUCCUAACUGUCAUCGACAUAUGCAAAAACGAGCUGUUUGGCGAUAUCGCGAAGGAGAAGGAGGUGAACCAGAUCGGCGCGAAGGUGCCGGAGGCGAAAACGAUCAGCGGUUACAAUACGUUUCAAAUUUUGGCGCAGAAUAUCACAGAGCGUUGUUUCAUGGAUCUCAUUUUGUCGCUGCGCGAAAUUCUGGCAACGUCGCAGUCGUUUAAGGUUGUUAAUAAGUCGCGCGAAUGCUUUCGGUGCAUUUCGCUGGGUUUGGUCGAGAAUACCUUUAUUACCACCGAGUCUCUGCUUAAGUUCGCCUACGGUACCGCCUCGGAGAGUAUUCCUGGCCUGCUGGCGAGCACCGCGAAACCGAAGCCGGAGGCGAAGGAGCGAGACCUGCUCGAGAAGCCCAAGGGCGACUGCUUCAUAAUUCCAGCGGCGCCGGUCAGUCGUUCGGCCCACUUUCGGGCGAAGACCUCCACGAAAAGUAACGCGCACGUCCUUGUCGAGUUCGGACUGAGCUUGUGUAAUCUCCUGCUAACGAAGGAGAGGUGCAAAGGGCACGAGUUCGAACCGUUCCUCGAUCCUUUCGUGCCCGUUUUUAAGAACUGCCUCCAGUCGCGCCACGUAAAGUUGAGCACGCUGACGCUACAGUGUCUACAUCGGAUAUUCCACUAUGAUUUGCCAUCGGUGCGAGAAAACAUUGCGGAAAUUACCGAGAUCAUCUUCGAGAUACUCCACAAGUACGCGUCGGCUGGGCUCGGCAAAGGUGAUAACUUCGAUCUUGUUUUGGCAGCGUUUAAGGCGAUGGCGGUGGUCGUGCGGGAUGUAAAGUACCACAAAAUCGCCAACAGUCAGUUAAAAACUCUUCUUCUGUACGUCGAGCAAGAUUUAAACAACAACGAUCGGCAAGCGAUCGCCUUCACGCUCCUAAAGGCGAUUCUCCAUCGCAAGAUGAUGGCCGCCGAAAUGCACGCCGUCAUGCGGCAGGUGUCGGAGUUGAGCGUCACCUCGGAGCUCCACCACGUGCGCGUCCAGGCCAGAUCCGUCUUCAACCAGUUCAUCAUGAAUUAUCCGCUUAAGAAGAAAGUCGACUCGCACAUCGCCUUUUAUGUCUCCCAAACUAAAUACCCGAUACAAUCGGGACGGGAGUCGGCGAUAGAGAUGAUACAAACCUUCAUUAACAACUUUCCAAUUCCCGUCCUCGUGCAAUACAGCGGCACUUUCCUGGUAACACUCGGCGCGCAAAUGGUUAACGAAGAGGUCUCGGAGUGCCGCAAAAUGAUCGCGAGCUGCUUAACCGACAUGUUCAAACGGCUGCCGAGGCCCGAUUCCGACUCCCUCUUCGAUAUGAUACUCGUCUGGCUUGAGGAUGACAAGAUUCUGCACCGACAGUUGGCAGCGCAAGUCUGCGGGUUGCUGGUGACGAUCGAAAAAUCGACGUUCCAGACUCGCCUGCCCGCGCUACUUCCGGUCCUCCUGCGACAGUUCGAGAGGAACCAGAGCCAGCCGGGCCAGUACGUCCUGCUGAAGACCGCCGAGCCGAAAGACCAGGAGAAAGAUCACCACCUCUUUCAGGUUUAUCAGAUGCUGCUGAAGAUCUGCUCGUGCUGUCCGUCAUUUCUCCACGAGACGAAGACCGUUCAGAUCUUAUCGGAGUACAGUCAGAAUUUGCUCAGCUACCCGCACGAGUGGGUCCGUUUGGGCGCCGCUCAGUUUCUCGGCUUCACGUUGGCCUCCUUGGACGCGGCGCACCUGAGUAGGUUGUUGCUGUCGAAGGAGACGGAGGAAGGUUACCUUUACAGCGCCCCCGCUUCGGGUCUUAAAUCUCUAACGUUAGACUUGUGCGCCCAGCUCGAUCCCAGUCACGCUAAAACCGAGCUGGCCGAGCAGGUGAUCAAGAACUUGCUGUUCGUUGCGCGCGUCUUGCAAAGUGCUCCGAAGCAAAGCGAGGAGAAGACCGUCAAUUUAUUGUGGCUAGUGAAAUGUUUACGUAGGACAAUUAACGCGGAGAUCAUUAAAACUCCGGCUAACGUUACGCUUCGGACAGCAGUGUUUAAGUGGAUAGCGGCCGUGGUCUCGGUUCUGGAGGAUGACGCCGUUUCGAGCGUUGCGCACCACUUACUUGCGCCACUCGCGCGAGAGAUGAGAACUGCCGACACCGAUGCCGCCCUCAAGCAGUUGGCGAAGGAAGUGUCGACGAUGUUGAAGAACAAGCUCGGGAUCGAGACGUACACGUCGAUACUGGCGGCGAUUGAGCAAAGCGCGGAUGUAAGAAAGGCGGAGCGUAAGCGGGAAAGGGCCCAAUUGGCCGUUACCGAUCCCGAACAGUUCGCGCAGAAGAAGAUUAAGUUAAACGAAAAGAAGAAGGAGUCGAAGAAGCGCAAGAUGAUAUUUAUGAAGGGGAAAGGGGUGAAGGUAAAGAAAAGGAAGGUUGUUGAGUUUGAUGAUUUCGAGUUAAUAUAAAUGAUCGUUAUUUUG